CAGCGCUAACACAGCAGCUCUCCCGGCAGCGCGCGAGAGAAGAGAGAGCCACCCCUCUCUACCUGGAGAGGAAGCCAGGGACCGGGGGCAGUCAUGGCAGCCAACAUGUACCGGGUUGGAGAUUAUGUUUAUUUUGAGAACUCGUCCAGUAACCCGCUGCUGAUCAGGAGGAUAGAGGAGUUGAACAAGACAGCCAAUGGGAACGUGGAGGCCAAAGUGGUGUGUUUUUACCGGCGCAGGGACAUCUCCGGCACACUCAUCGCCCUGGCAGACAAACAUGCAAGGGAGCUGGAGGAGGAGAUGGAGAACCCGGAGAUGUCGGACCUCCCCGAGAAACAGAAACACCAGCUCCGACACCGAGAGCUCUUCUUGUCCCGCCAACUGGAGUCUUUACCCGCCACGCACAUCAGGGGGAAGUGCUGCGUGACUCUGCUGAACGAGACGGAAGCCUUGAAGUCUUACCUGGAGAGAGAGGAUUCAUUUUUCUACUCGCUGGUGUACGACCCUCAGCAGAAGACCCUGCUGGCCGAUAAGGGCGAGAUCCGCGUUGGCAACAAGUACCAGGCCGACAUCACCGACCUCAUGAAAGAAGACGAGGAAGAUGGCCGAGACUUGGAGAAACUAGAGGAGAAGAUCUUUGACCCCAGCAGCUCGCUGACGGAAAAACAGAUCGACCAGUUCUUAGUCGUCGCUCGGUCAGUCGGUACAUUCGCCAGAGCCUUGGACUGCAGCAGUUCUGUCCGGCAGCCCAGUCUGCACAUGAGCGCUGCCGCGGCCUCCAGAGACAUCACCUUGUUCCACGCCAUGGACACCUUGCACGUCACGGGCUACGACAUGACCCGGGCCAUCGCGGCGCUGGUGCCCCAGGGCGGGCCCGUCCUCUGCCGGGACGAGAUGGAGGAGUGGAGCGCCUCGGAGGCCAACCUGUUCGAGGAGGCGCUCGAGAAGUACGGCAAAGACUUCACCGACAUCCAGCAGGAUUUUCUGCCAUGGAAGUCCCUGACCAGUAUUAUUGAGUAUUACUACAUGUGGAAGACCACAGACAGAUAUGUACAGCAGAAACGAUUAAAAGCAGCCGAGGCAGAGAGCAAGUUGAAGCAGGUCUACAUCCCCAACUAUAACAAGCCAAACCCCAACCAGCUGAGCAACAACGUGAAACCAGCUCUGGUCAACGGAGCGGCGGUUGCAGGGACCCCAGCUCCGACCCCAGGGCCGACCGCGGGUAUCCAAAGCGUCCCAGCUGUCCCCGCUAUCCAUGGCGUCCAAGGCGUCCCCGGCAUCCAAGGGGUUCCAGGCGUCCCAGGGCUCUUGGGGGUCCCAAGCGUCCCAGGGGUCCCAGGAGCUCCAGGGGUCCCAGGUGUUCCAGGCGCCCCGGGCUCGGCCCAGAUCCCCGGCCUCGGGCGAGCCUGUGAAAGCUGCUACACCAGCAGCUCCUACCAGUGGUACUCGUGGGGACCCCCAAACAUGCAAUGUCGCCUGUGCGCUUUGUGCUGGACUUACUGGAAGAAGUACGGAGGGCUGAAGAUGCCCACCAGGCUGGACGGAGAGAGGCCUGGACCCAACCGCAACAGCCUGAGCCCCCACGGCUUGCCCCUGAGGCACGGCGGCAGCCCCAAAUUCGCCGUGAAGACGAGGCAGGCCUUCUUCCUGCAGACCACCGGCCUGACGAUGAUGGCGCGCCGCCUCUGCUAUGACAUCAUCCGGCCGCGGUACCUCGCCCGGCACCCCUACCUCCCCGUCAACACCGCCGCCAUCAAGGCCGAGUGUGCCCUGCGGUCGCCAGAAGGACCCAAAAAGCCUUCGUCACUGAAACCCGCGGAGCGUAAACCUCUGGAGUCCGUGGUUCGGUAUUUAGAAGCUCACCCCCGUCCAGUCAAACCCGCCCCGCCCCCUCGCGGCGCCUCCAUAUCGUCCGCCAGCCUGACGCCCAUCAAGUCGUCGCCCAUCCUCAACAACGGCUCGCCCACCAUCCUCGGCAAGCGCAGCUACGAGCAGCACAACGGACUGGACGGCUCUAAAUCCAAAAUCCUGGCCCCGCAGUGGGACAUCAUGGCCAAGCGGCUGAGCGAGGCCGGCCGCCCCUCGGUCUCCAUGCAGGACGAGGUGCACGAGCUGGACUGAGCGCCCCGUGGGGCCGACCCCGGUGAGCAGAGGGCGGCAGGAAAUGGAAACGCCCCCUUUUCCAACCAACCACAGCCGAGGAGACGACGCCAUUGGUCUUUUUUUUUCUCGCGUCACGCCGCCGAAGACCGAUCGAUUUAAAGUUGUUUAAAGUCGACGGCUUCGGCCCGCCGAGAAGACGAGCCUGACUGUACAGGAACUGUGUUAUUACUUUACGUUUAUCUCGUUAUUACCGUUGUUGUAAUUAUUGUUAUUGUUAUUAUAAUUUUUUUUACCAACUAUAACUCCGCUUAUUUUUUUUGUUUGUCGAUCAAACGAUGGAACUCGUGAUGGUUUCAUGAAAAACUGAAGGAGAGAGAGAGGGAGCCCCGUGUGGCCAGAGGGCGGAAGGACUGUAACAUAAGCCACUUGCAUCUUUUCUUUUUUUGUUUGUUUUUUAACAAAAUUAAAUUCAACAAGGAGACAAAACUUUUAUUUCAGCGAGUUUAACUCCUUGUCUUUUUUUGGAGGGGGGGGGUUCCGAUAAAUUUGAAUGCUUUACCCCCCCGACCCCCCCGAGAGAGGUUUAACUUAUUGAGAAAGACGUGCUGUUUUUUCUACCUUUUUCACAAGUAAUGCAUCAAUGCUUAGAUAAUGUAAUUAAAAAAAGAUAAUUGAUUUUU